AUGUUUGGGAUGAUCAGGAACUCCCUCUUGGGCACAGCAGAGGUUUGGCCCUGCCGGGUGCUGAGGAAAGGGGAGAAGGAUGAUGUAGCAUAUGAAGAACGGGAGUAUGAUGGUGGCAAAUUUGCUGCUGUUGAGCUCACUGGAAAGCCGUUUGAUGAGGCCUUACGAGAAGCAGUUCUGAAACUCCUCAAAUACGUUGGAGGAAGCAACGAGCAGGGAGCUGGGAUGGGAAUGAUGGCUCCCGUGUGCACCACUGUGUUUCCUGGAGAAGAUGGGUCAUUGCAACAGAAGAUUAAAGUCUUGCUACGCAUUCCAAGCCAGUUCCAGGCCAAUCCUCCAUUGCCCAGUGAUGAGAGCAUCCAGAUUGAAGACAGAGAAGGAAUGACUGUUUACUCCACGCAAUUUGGAGGCUAUGCCAAGGAAGUGGAUUAUGUGAACUACUCAGCCAAGCUGACUUCUACCUUAGGAAAUGAGGCAACUUUCCACAAAGACUUCUAUUUUUGCAACGGCUAUGAUCCCCCCAUGAAGCCCUACGGUCGACGCAAUGAGGUUUGGUUUCUGAAAAAAUGACAACCCGGGUGUGGACUGACUGUUUCUCU